AUGGGUGUGCGUGCCUCUGGAAACAGGCCACUAGCCGAUGUUACAUGUGCAGAGACUGGUGAUUGGCCAUGGGUAGUUAGUAUCCAGGAGCCAGGUGAAGACACUUAUUUUCACUUAUGUGGAGGUGUCAUCCUGAAUAAUUUGUGGGUUCUCACAGCUGCCCAUUGUUUCAAGGAUCGUGGCAAUGACUAUUUUUCCUGGAGGCUUGUAUUUGGUACCAACCAACUAUCAGAGUUGGGGUCCCAGGCUCAGGUUCGAACAAUAAAAAAAAAGAUUCAGCAUGGGAACUACAGUCCAGAUACUGAGGAAAAUGACAUUGCCCUGGUAAUGCUAAACAAAACAAUCAUAUAUAAUGAAUACACUCGGCCAGCGUGCCUUCCUGUCAAACACAUGGAUCUGAAGAAAAUGACUGACUGCUACAUCGCAGGCUGGGGUGUCCUUGACGAAGCGUCCACUGAGCCAUCGGAUAUCCUUCAGGAAGCUCCAGUGGAUAUUAUUCCUGUUCAACAUUGCAACAGCACAAAGUGGUAUAAUGGUGCUGUGGGUGACUACAAUCUGUGUGCAGCAUAUGAACAUGAAGGUAUUGAUAGUUGCCAGGGUGACAGUGGAGGACUUCUGAUGUGCAAAAGAAGCAAAGCUAAGUUCUAUACUGUGGUUGGCAUAACUAGUUGGGGGUUUGGCUGUGGUCGGAAGCAAAGCCCUGGAGUUUACACAUCUAUCCACUAUUACCUCCAGUGGAUCCUUGAACAUAUCUCCAAAGGAAAAUAAACCUACAGCAAAAAAUAGAAAAAAGA